GCUAUGGUUACUAUCAUUCUUCCGACUAGACAAGUGCUUUUCAACCAUCAUAGCAUUUCGAUACUCCGGUUAACUUUGGUGCUAAGUAUACUCUCACUUUAUUCGUUCCUUAACCCAAGCAGUCAGAUAGACCACGCAACACUACAGUUCCAUAGGGCCCAUCUGAUACAGAGACAUGGGAAACGCUCUUAAAGAGAGUAUGUACCACGUGCUCUGGCCUAUUUCCGACCCAGCGUCUCGCAGAUGUGCAACACGUGCGCUUGCUUCUGAUUGGCUAGUCUUCGCAUUCGCCCUCUCGCUUAUGGUGAUACCGGCAACCGCCUUGGAUGAGCCACGCCCGCCGCACCAAAUCGCCUACGGCCAGUACCAUGCCCCUGAAGCACUGGUAGGCCUAUGUACGGCGGCCAUCGUCCUGUUCGCAGAUCGCAUUAUCGCUUAUUCCAGUCUACUGAUUGGUCCCUCCAUGGGCGUUACCAGCGUCUUGUGGCUUAUGAUGCGCAAUGACGGUGCCAUCAGCCCCGGAUCGUCCUGGAUGGUCUUUGGAGUGUGGUCCGUAUCAAUUGGAACGUACUUGAUCAUCCACUGCCAUCGUGUGGCCAAUCACCAUCUAUUUGUCUUGUUGACCAUCGCGGUAGCCGUUGUUUGUAUGUAUCUUGUCGCGAAUGUCCAGGCGACGACAUUGCAAGGCGGUCUGGCGACAGCGAUACCAACAUGUGCAUCCUUUGCCGCAUACACCGUGGCUUAUUUCUUCCCGAAGAAGACCAUCGGGCAUUUGGAAGAAAGAGAUGCGAUGGCGUGAUAUGUGUCUCGAAGAUUGGCAUGACUUGCAGACUACAAGACUUGGGAGACCUAUUGCGCUGAAGAUGUACAAUACGGAGCGAUAGUGCGCAAAUGUUGGUGGCGGCUUGAGAGUUUUUGCCU